AUGCUGUGUCUGCUGCCUCUGAUGUGUUUCAACUGCUGUGUUCUGCUGCCUCUAUGUUCAACUGCUGUGUUCUGCUGCCUCUGCUAUGCUCAACUGCUGUGUUCUGCUGCCUCUGUUAUGUUCAACUGCUGUGUUCUGCUGCCUCUGCUAUGUUCAACUGCUGUGUUCCUCUGCCUCUGCUAUGUUCAACUGCUGUGUUCUGCUGCCUCUGCUAUGUUCAACUGCUGUGUUCUGCUGCCCUGUUAUUUCAACUCUGUGCUGCCUCUGCUAUGUUCAACUGCUGUGUUCUGCUGCCUCUGCUAUGUUCAACUGCUGUGUUCUGCUGCCUCUGUUAUGUCUCAACUGCUGUGUUCUGCUGCCUCUGCUAUGUUCAACUGCUGUGUUCUGCUGCUCUGUUAUGUUCAACUGCUGUGUUCUGCUGCCUCUGCUAUGUUCAACUGCUGUGUUCCUCUGCCUCUGCUAUGCUCAACUGCUGUGUUCUGCUGCCUCUGCUAUGUUCAACUGCUGUGUUCUGCUGCCUCUGCUAUGUUCAACUGCUGUGUUCUGCUGCUCUGCUAUGUUCAACUGCUGUGUUCUGCUGCUCUGCUGUGCUCUGCUGCCUCUGCUAUGUUCAACUGCUGCUCUGCUGCCUCUGCUGUGUUCUGCUGCCCUGCUAUGUUCAACUGCUGUGUUCUCUGCUCUGUUAUGUUCAACUGCUGUGUUCUGCUGCCUCUGCUAUGUCUCAACUGCUGUGUUCUCUGCCUCUGCUGCUCCUGCUGCCUCUGCUAUGUUCAACUGCUGUGUUCUCUGCCUCUGCUGUGCUCUGUUGCCUCUGCUAUGUUCAACUGCUGUGCUCUGCUGCCUCUGCUAUGUUCAACUGCUGUGUUCCUCUGCCUCUGUUAUGUUCAACUGCUGUGUUCUGCUGCCUCUGCUGUUGCCUGCCUCUGCUAUGUUCAACUGCUGUGUUCCUCUGCCUCUGCUGUGCUCUGUUGCUCUGCUAUGUUCAACUGCUGUGUUCUGCUGCUCUGCUAUGUUCCAACUGCUGUGUUCCUCUGCCUCUGUUAUGUCCAACUGCUGUGUUCUGCUGCUCUGCUAUGUUCAACUGCUGUGUUCUCUGCCUCUGCUGUGCUCUGCUGCCUCUGCUAUGUCUAA